UCCGGUUCAUCGCAAUUACAAGACCUUCAUUCACUUUUCCCCCCAAAUAUCGAACCCUCAAGCUUCAAAACAAGUAACCAAGUAACCAACGUUUAUCUACCAUUGUGUUCGUCAAAAUGGAUCUUGAUUUGCAUGCCUGUGCUCGUCUACUGCAAUCCCUCAACACCCACCAAUGGAUUCAACAAGGGAGACAACUCCACCUCCUUUUCCUCAAAAGGGGUGUCCUCAGUUCUGCUCUUACUAUCGGAAACCGCCUCCUUCAGAUGUACAUCAGAUGCGGCCACAUGACUGAAGCACACAAAUUGUUCGAUGAAAUGACUCAGAGAAACUGUUUCACUUGGAACACUAUGAUUGAAGGCUAUAUGAAAGCAGGAAUCAAGGAAAAGUCACUUGAAUUGUUUGAUUUGAUGCCCCACAAGAAUUCCUUUUCAUGGAAUUUGGUUGUUUCGGGUUUUGCAAAAGCAGGUGAGUUGGAGAUUACUCGGGGCCUGUUCGAUAAGAUGCCCAGGAAGAAUGGGAUUGCUUGGAAUUCAAUGAUUCAUGGGUAUGCGAGGAAUGGUCAUCCAAGAGAAGCUGUGAGGAUGUUUAAGGAAUUGAGUUCAGACCCAUAUGAAGAAUCACAUGGAGAUACGUUUGUUUUGGCGACGGUUAUUGGUGCUUGUACUGAUUUGGCAUUUCUUGAUUGUGGGAAGCAAAUCCAUUCUCGAAUCAUUAUUGAUGAAGUCGAAUUUGACUCCGUCUUAGCAAGUUCUCUUAUCAACUUCUAUGGGAAGUCCGGCGAUAUGGAUAGUGCAAGUCAUGUUUUGACUAUGAUGCAAGAUCCAGAUGACUUCUCUCUUUCAGCAUUGAUCUCAGGGUAUGCAAAUUGUGGUAGAAUGGAAGAUGCAAGAAGAAUUUUCGAUACUAAAAAUGAUCCAUGUGUUGUGUUAUGCAACACCAUGAUAGCAGGGUAUGUUGCUAAUGAUGAAGGAAAUGAAGCAUUAGUUAUUUUCAAUAAGAUGCGAAAAAAUGGAAUUCAACAAGACUCCUCUACUUUUGCCAGUGUUUUGAGCACGUGUAGUAGCUUAGGCAUUCAAGAAUAUUGCAGGCAAAUGCAUGCUCAUGCAUUUAAGUUUGGAAUCAUCGAUGACCUUAUCAUUGCUAGUGCUCUUGUUGACACAUAUGCCAAAUGUAGAAGCCCAAAUAAUGCCUGCAAAUUGUUUAGAGAGCUCAAAGUGCAUGACACAAUUUUGCUGAAUUCUAUGAUCACUGUUUAUUCCAAUUGUGGGAGAAUUAAAGAUGCCAAACAAAUCUUCGAGACCAUGCAAACUAAAAGCUUGAUCUCAUGGAAUUCAAUGAUAGUGGGUUUAAGUCAAAAUGGUUGUCCAAUCGAAGCAUUAGAUGUUUUCUGCAAGAUGAAUAAGAUGGGCUUGAGUACCGACAAAUUUAGCCUGGCCAGUGUGAUCAGUGCCUGUGCUAGCAUCUCUUCACUCGAACUUGGUGAACAGGUUUUUGCUAGAGCUACUGUCAUUGGCCUUGAAUUGGAUCAAAUUGUUUCUACCUCCCUCAUUGAUUUGUAUUGCAAGUGUGGUUUUGUUGAAAAUGGACGAAAACUGUUUGACCAAAUGAGAAAAUCUGAUGAAGUUUCAUGGAACUCUAUGUUGAUGGGUUAUGCUACAAAUGGUUAUGGAAUUGAAGCAUUGGAACUAUUCAAUGAAAUGAGGUGUGAAAGUGUUGUUCCCACAGAUGUUACGUUUACAGGGGUUUUGUCUGCCUGUGAUCAUUGUGGACUGGUUGAAGAGGGAAAGAAAUGGUUUUAUACAAUGAAACAUGACUAUCAUGUUGAUCCCGGGAUUGAGCACUACUCAUGUAUGGUAGAUCUUUAUGCAAGGGCAGGAUGCCUUAAAGAAGCUAUGAAUCUCAUUGAAGAGAUGCCAUUUGAGGUCGAUGCAAGCAUGUGGUCAUCAAUUUUGAGAGGGUGUAUAGCUCAUGGAAACAGGAGUCUUGGCAAGAAAGUGGCAGAGCGAAUUACAGAUCUUGAUCCUGAUAAUUUAGGUGCUUAUGUGCAGCUCUCAAGCAUAUUUGCGACUUCUGGGGAGUGGGAAAAAUCAGAACAAAUUAGAAAAUUGAUGAGGGAUAAACAAAUACAGAAGAAUCCUGGUUUUAGUUGGGCUGAGUCUUAACAAAAGACUGAUUUAGACAUUUUCGUGAAGCUAGCCUGCAUGUUGAUGAAUGCUAACAAUUAAGAAGGCUUCGAGCAAAUUGGCUUUGACAACAAAUCUUGAUGAUGUACCAUAUUCUUUUUCCACUAUGUGGUGAGUACUACUGCAUUAGACCUUAUGCACUUGCGGCUCAAUCGAUUGCCCUGCCUUGCCUUUAUGAUAACCAAGGUAUGUGUAUACUUAUUCACACUUAUUGUAUUUGUUCUCAAAAACAAGAAGGAAAAAAAACAAAAUGGGAAACAAAGUAAACAUACAA